AUGGCAGCUCUCGAAGAUCUACCGUGGAUAGAUUCCAUGGCCCCUUCAUCAUCCGCGCAGGACCAUGCUGACUCUCAGCCUCCGACGGUCGCUGCUUUCUCACCCACCACCAUCUCCGGCUCCUCUGUGACAUCAAGGCAGCGCUCCAGCAUCAUCGUGCAUCGCAAAUCACCCCUGCUCGUAGCCACUCCUCCUCAGAUCACUCGUGCAUUGGCCUAUUCGCAUCCGUUUAUUCUGCCGCUGAACAAACUUGCGGGUUUGCUUACAUGGACGACUGGAGAUGGGUGGCAGAGCUUCUUGCUGGUGGCAGCCUUCUGGAUGGUGGUGCUCUAUGGCGAUGUGAUCCUCCUAUGGGCCGGACCACUCUUGGUGGUGAUCGGGCUCAUUUUGGGCAUGUACUGGAGACGCUACUCCCCGUUGUCAUCAAGGGCUCACCUGGGUGAGAAGCAAGGCCAUCAGAGAGCUGUGUCAGACAAAUCCCCCAAUCGUCAUGAAACACUGGACGAAAUCGUGGAGACUCUAAGGACCUUCACCACACGGUGUAACAUUCUCUUGGAGCCACUCGUGGAACUUACCGAUUUCUUAUCCACGCAAAGGACGGCGACGUCUGCCACCACGCGACCGGCUCUUACGACCCUAUUCUUUCGAAUCCUUUUUGUUACCCCCAUCUGGAUCGCCUUAACUCUUCCACCCGUCUACCUAAUUACCACUCGCCGUGUCAUCAUGAUCGUUGGCACUAUUAUUCUCACCUACCACUCCCGACCGGCAAGGGUAUCCCGCGUCAUCCUCUGGCGAUCCUUGACCAUCCGCUGGAUAUGUUCUAUGAUCACGGGGCUCUCAUUCUCUUCGAAUGUUGAUAAAACACAGUCAAGCUUGAUGCAAAGCCAUGGCCAUGCGGUGAACAUAGCAACGAGGCGUCGGGGGGACUCUUCGGGCGUCCGAUUCACCUUCGUUAUCUAUGAGAACCAACGCCGUUGGCUCGGAAUCGGCUGGACAUAUUCUCUGUUCCCUUCUGAGCGUGCUGCUUGGACAGACGAGCAUUUGAAUCCGGUCCCACCUAAGGAGUUUUUUGACUUGCCGGGCGUGGAGAAUGGGAAUGCCCAGUGGCGGUGGGUCGAAAACAGUGAUUGGCAUAUUGAAGGUGCCGACGAAUCAAGUGGAAAGUCCGACUCCAAGGCCGAUGGUGGCGGCUGGGUCUACUAUGAUAAUAAGUGGAACGACGGCCGACGCGGCCAGGAUGGCUGGGACCGGUACACCCGUCGUCGGAAGUGGUGCCGUGACGCUGAACUGGUUGAGAUCACGUCCGCAGAGGGCACAUCGGUGGAAACCAAGUCCGGAAUAACUCAGUCAUUGGAACAGGAGAAGGCAUCUGGCACCCCCGACGCUUCAACAGUCGACGCCGAUACGGAGAGUCUUGCCCCAUCCACCUCAUCGAAGACCCACAGACGGCGUUGGUUUGGAAGUACGAAGAGUGUAAGCGACAAAGCCAGCAGCAUCUCCUCUGCUCCACCGACGUCCACGAAUAACUCCUCCGUAGAUCUCGGAAAACUGAAAUCCACCACCAGCUACACACCACCUGGCAAGCCCCCAACCAGACCAAUUAGCGUCCCGCACACGCGAAAGCUAUCUAAUUACUCAGGGAGCGCCAGCCACAGCAGCCGAGACGGCAGUCUCAGAGAGAAGGAGGUCACUCAUGCCCAGGACCAACUAGACCGCUGGGCCACCCGAGCGACCGGGGGCACGGAAAGAGCAGAGCGUGAAAUGGGCUUAGGAGACGAGGUCAACAUGGGUUUGAGUUGA